AUGCCCACGCGUUUAAGAGCAAUGGAUGGAACGAAACCAGAUCUUACAGACAUGCACAUCUUUGGAUUCAAAGUCUACAUACAUGUAUAUAAAGAAUUGCGAAGAAAAAUGAAUGACAAGACUAAGGAAUACAGAUCUAUUGGUAUCGACAAUAAUUCUAGAAUACAUCGUCUUUUGGAUACUAACACAAACAGUACAAUUAUAAGUCGUGAUGUGAAAACAGCCAUUUCAAUUAAAUUGGAUAUAAAUGAUGGCAAUGAAUCACCACGAAAUUUUUCUCAUGCUAUUCCAACUCAUGUGGAAAUAAAUGAAGGGAACAAAGAUGACAUCGAUAAAGAAGCGGAAGACGACAUCAAAGAUGAAGCCUCGGUACUCAAAGCUCAAACUAUGAGUAAGACAAUAGAUUUGAGCCGCUAUAUGAGUUUCACGGAAGAGUGCAUAGCUGAAAAGGCCAACAGCGCCACAAUAAGAAACAAAAGGCUGAAAACCCCCAAAAUCCAAAUGCCCCCAUAUACAUUUUAA